AUGCCUCGAUUGCCGCGGGGAGCUCGCUGGCAUGCCGUGCGUUCGUCGUGGCAAUGGCAACUACCGCUAGUCGCCAAGCUGCUACUCGUCAUCUCAGUGGUUGGCUAUUUCUUCUGGAAUGUGAGAACCAUCGCAACACUCGCACAGUCGGGGACACCAACGCUGCGUUUCGAGGGUCGGGGUGUCGCGCAGGGGCUACGCGAUGCCUUGACUGAUAUCCUGGCGGCCAGGGACAGCGAAGAGGCCUGGUGGCUGCGCCCACAAGCUUAUCGCAAAGAGAGCGGCUGCGAUUUCUCGGCGGCGGUGGCGCUGUUUAAACCAGAAGAAUUGGAGCUUAAUUGCGCCAAUAUGGACCAAUUAGACACAGGAGAGUUCGUCGGCAAAGGCUUCUGGAGAGAAGUGUUCAAGACCAAGUGGAACGGUCGUGAGGUAGCAGUGAAACGCGUCAAGGAAGAUCUUCUGAGUCGCCCUGACAUUAUCCCUCGCCACGUAGAGGAGUGUGCGUCCAUUUUCUCAAUACGCAACGAGCCGAAUAUCGUGGGACUUGUGGGCUGGUGCAAGACGACUGUGGUGGUCGAUUACAUACCGCACCAGCUCGACACGCUGUUGUUCGAGUCCGAGGAGUCAGUCUCCGUUAAUCGUGCACUGAAGCUUGCGCGGGACGCGGCUCGAGGCGUCGCCCAAUUGCACAACGCCCCUGGAGGGCCCUUCGCGCAUGCAGAUCUACAGGCCCGACAGUUUCUGAUCGAUAACAACGGUACUUUGAGGCUGAACGACUUUAACCGUGUCAAGUACACGGGGCCACGUUUGGUGAACGGUGCGCCAACAAACGAAAAGUGCACGUUUGAGACCUCGGUGGCCAAGGGCAAGUGGCGAUCCCCCGAGGAAUAUCAGCAUGGACAGCUAGAUGAGAAACUGGAUAUCUACAGUUUAUCGCUGGUGAUGUGGGCGCUGCGAGCGCGUGUGAAGCCAUUUCGGAUGUUGGAGAGGGAAGAGGUUUACGAAAAGGUACCGACUGGUGUUCGGCCGCCACUGGAGGCAAUGAGCGACUACCCUCAGCAAAUGCAGGACCUGAUUAGGAGAGGUUGGGACACUGAUCCGAAGAAGCGACCGACCGCCGCUGAAAUGGCGAACGAGAUCGAUCGAAUCAUUCAGAUUUAUGAAAGCAGCUGACAAGUUUAAGUGCAAGUACUAGUCGAUAGAACACACAAAAAGUAUCAGUGAUGUUGAUAUUAAUACAUGAGUUAUCCGUCGAAAUAGAA